AUGUCGGAGGAAACUACAAUUACACCUGCAUCCUGGAUGUAUCUUCCAGCAGAACUACGAUUAAUGAUUCUAAACCGGCUAAUCAACCUUCUCUACCGGUCAAGAAAAGGAAACGCCCAGGAGCUAAAACGUCAAUGGUGCGCCUAUCAUGCCGUUUCUCGAGAAUGGCAGGCAUUCUUUGAACGUUUGAGUUUUGCGUGCCUCACCUUGCAUCAGUCAGACCUUGCGGAGUUCGGCAAGAUAAUGCAAGGUAACAACAAUCGCCAGAUGUCCGUAACAUUCGUCUGCCUGCGCAUAGAACUCCCAGAGUAUGACUGCAAGAAAUGCAAAAAAAGAGAAUCACCCGACGAAGUCAGAGCAAACCAACGUUUGUUCACAACAGCAGUUUGGGAGCUGUUUUCGAUUCUAUCUCAAUGGAAAGAGCACGGUGAAGUUGGACUCGAGAUUAGUGUUCACUCUCCGAGCGACGCCCUUCACUAUUGUCAGGAGCUCAAGAGCCGAAUCCAUCGCAAAGCGAACAUGAAGCAGAGAUACUCAAAACCCAGAGCAGAAAAGAAGACAACUCACGGCUGGAGGCGAGGGAAACGGGUCCAUAAGCCCCCUGUCGGUGCUAAACUCAGAGUCUUUGGACAUCCCAGAGGGCUAGGCUUCGACUUGCGGACAUCGUUGGCCCGGAAGCUAGGAACCCUGCCCAAGGUCAAAGUGGUGACAUAUCUACUCAUUCGUCGGCAGUUUUACCGCCACUUCUCUGUGCCAAAAGCUUUGGGGCCGAUGAUGAAAAGUUUGCCUCGCCUAGAGCACCUUUCGUACGAGCCAUGGCGAGGAAUUGAUACCAAGAAGAUCGCUGGCCGGCAGAUACGAGACGAACAGCACACCCGUUUAUUUCUUGACGUUAUACAGCGCCAUAAAAGCCUACGGUCGGUGUCAAUGUUUGAGAGCUUCAACCCUGACCUGCAUACUAAGAAGAAAAGGGAAGCAUAUCCCGCCUUGGGCCAAAGUGUUGCGAAAACAAGCCGAAACUUGGAGAGUCUAUGCGCCACAUUCAACGUCGACGCCAAAGAUUUCUUCUACGCGUUUUUCCCAACCCAGAAUCCAAAACCGCUGCCCAACAUGUCGUGGAGCAACCUAACAGAUCUAAGCCUUUGCUCAGAGCUGCUUGUCCCGGCGCACUACAACAAGCUGAUCCAAGUUGCAGCGGCAGCGGCCCUCCAGAUGCCGAAACUGAGAUGCAUGGAGCUAUGGAACAGCGAGACACAUGCCACGUCGUGCAUAUUUAGAUACUUUCCAAUGUCCGGACGACGACGAUACAUACAGCUACUUAGCACCUGGGGUGGACGACUUGGUACACAAGCAAUUGCAUGCUGGCGGGAGGUGGCGGACCGUGUUGCUGGCUGUGAGCUCCGGCAAGAAUCGCUUUACCUUGAUGCACAUGUGUUUGACAAUUAUGCGUCUGUCAUGCAAUACCUAUUCCUGAGAACUGGGCUCUUGUCUCCAGUAUCUUUGUACGACACGGCAGUUGGGCUCUAG